AUGGAUGCCAACACUGACAAUGCUAAGCCAGUGGCCUCCAAGGGGUCUGUGAGGCUUGGAGCGGGUACAAGUCAGAGGGAGGCCAGUUACAUCACUACUGGCCAGAAAGUCCCUCUUGCUACAUCCAGUAAUAAAAGUACCCCUGUUGAGCAUGCUCCGGUGUCUACCAGUUCUGCCUCUGCUCCUGCACCAUACGCUUCAGCACAUCAGCCUGCUGCUGCUGCUCAAAAUACAGCCAGUCUGAUGACACCACCAGCAACCACCUCAGUAGUGCAAGAGUCUUUCUCAUCCUCCUUCCAAAGAAACACAAGCCAGUCAUAUACACCAACACCAGUUUCCGGAAGCUACAGUGAAAGUCCUGCUGCUUCUGCUACUUCAAAACCAAGGGUUGUUACUACUGCCAGCAUAAAGCCCUCUGUCUACCAGCCAGCACCAGCACCAGUUCAUUCCUACACCCCUGCCAACGUUGAGCCUGCAAGUCGCCCUCCCUGGGUAACAGAUGACUCCUUUUCCCAGAAAUUUGCACCUGGAAAAACCACUACUACUGUCACAAAGCACAUCCUACCAAGGGGUGCUCCAGUACCAUCUCCUGCCUCAACUUCUGCUUACCCAUCUCCAGUUUCAACUUCUUCCCAGGCUCCUGCAAUAGCCCGGGGAACAGUUCAGAGGGCUGAGCGUUUUCCAGCCAGCAGCCGAACUCCUCUCUGCGGGCACUGUAACAGCAUAAUUCGGGGUCCUUUCCUGGUAGCCAUGGGUCGCUCUUGGCACCCAGAAGAAUUCAACUGUGCUUACUGCAAGACAUCCUUGGCUGAUAUGUGCUUUGUGGAGGAGCAGAAUAGUGUGUACUGUGAGCGCUGUUACGAACAGUUCUUUGCACCAACCUGUGCCAGAUGCCACACUAAGAUCAUGGGGGAAGUGAUGCAUGCCCUAAGACAGACUUGGCACACAAGUUGCUUUGUCUGUGCUGCUUGUAAGAUGCCAUUUGGGAAUAGCCUCUUUCACAUGGAGGAUGGGGAACCUUACUGUGAGAAAGAUUAUAUUGCUUUGUUCAGCACCAAAUGCCAUGGCUGUGAUUUUCCUGUUGAAGCUGGAGAUAAAUUCAUUGAAGCUCUUGGACACACUUGGCAUGAUACCUGCUUCAUUUGUGCUGUAUGCCAUGUGAAUUUGGAAGGUCAGCCAUUCUACUCCAAGAAGGAUAAGCCGCUGUGCAAGAAGCAUGCCCAUGCCAUCAAUGUUUAAAAGAAGAGUUGGUAGACAGUAACGCUGGGGAAAAACGGAUGACUAACUGGGCAAUUAUAAAGUUGAUAACCAUGGCUAGAAUUUUUCUUGGUAAAAGCUAGGAAGUUGAUACUUCUGAAGUUUAACCUCUUUUGUAAAUGCAGAACAUGCUUUUGCAAGGUUCAUACAAAAACCUACAGAAUGAACAGUCAAAACCAAAUGAAUGAGUCCAUUAUUAGAGCAAUGGUUGGGGAAAAUAUAGAAAUUAACUAAAAACUGUUAUGUAAAAAGUAAAGCAUAAAUACAGUUUCAAAUGAACUACCCACAGCAGUUUUACUGCUUAGACCACACACUAGUGUUUAAGAACAACUGAAAAAGUC